AUUAUUGAGAAAAGUAAGCAUUAUAGAAAUGUGUGCACAAAUAUUUAAUUCUUAUUAAUAAAUAAAAAUUGAAUGUGUCUCAGCUAUGAGUUUAUUGGUAAUAACGCUCGCCAUACGGCAUGACAGAAGGAAUAUGUUGCGAAUACAAAGGCGAACUUUAAGGGACUCGACAGAUCCAUUCAGCAUUCCCGAGCCGCGUUUUCUUGAGUUAUUCCGCUUCAGCAGAACUGCAGUACGGGUACUCCUUGUGGAAAUCGAGCCUUUUAUGGACACAGCAGUAAGAAGUACAUUUAUUCCAAACUCCUCUAGGUUGUGUGUAGCGCUGCAUUACUAUGCUACAGGAUCAUUUCUUAGGGACGUAGGUCAGGAUUUUGUUUGCCUUAUAAGUAAGACCAUGGUAAGCCGCAUAGUGCAUCAAAUUACAGAGAUUUUGCAAAAUCAUAUGGCGCAACGUUACAUCAUUUUUCCAACUACCUUAGAGCAACAGAAUAUUGUGAAGCAACGGUUCUUCACUGCUACUGGAUUUCCUGGCAUCUUAGGAGCGAUUGACUGCACUCACGUCAAAAUUAAGAAGCCACCACUUGCAGUAGAACACCGCUACAUUAAUCGAAAAGGAUAUUUUUCCAAAAAUGUGCAAUUAGUGUGCGACUUUGAUUUAAAUAUCCUGGCGUGCUUUGCAAGAUAUGGGGGAAGUACGCACUACGCCUACAUAUAGGAAAGCAGUACACUAAAGUCCCAUAUGCUGAAUGAGUACACUGCGAAUGGGUCCACAGGAUGGUUGCUUGGAGACUCUGGAUAUCCGUUGCAGCCGUGGCUAAUGACUCCAUUCAGAAAUGUUGAGAGUAUUAGUCAGCAAAGAUACAACGAUUCUCACGCACGAGCUCGAAAUUGUGUAGAACGCCUUAAUGGAGUUUUAAAAAAAUUAUUUGGGUGCCUUUCCCAAGACCGUGGCCUAAUGGUGAACCCCUCAUUUGCAGGAUCAAUAAUUAAUGCAUGCUGUACGCUAUAUAAUAUUCGAAAGAGAUAUAAUUUUCCGCUUCCUGAAGUUGAUCCACUUGAAAUUUCUCCGCAUGGAGACAAUGGUGCAUUAGAUAACAUUUUAAAUGAAGGAAGAGCUAUACGAAAUACUAUUUUAAGAAACCACUUUUGUAGUUAAUUCACAUACAGUGGUGUUCAGAAAAAUAUGAGGAACACUUCAAAUGAUACUGUUUGCAAAUUGGUGUAUGUUUAAAUGACUUAAGCAUCUCCCCGCAUGUAUACACCACUCUGCCUGCCAUUCAACAACCAACUUUAUAUACUUAUCAUACAUUUUUAUUGUUAAAUGUGAAGUGUC